UGGGUGUUGGAGCCGCCGGCCCCGCGCGCUCAGAAACAUGCUGAGGUCCCGGCGGCUCUUCCAGCAGCGACAGCGGCUCCAGCAGCAGCGGCGGCGGCGGCGGCGGAGACAGCGCUCGGCUACGGAGGAGAAGGCGCCCGGCGUCCAUGCCUCCGGCCCCGAGCCGCGGCUGUCCUGACCUGGCCGCGACCUCCCCGCGCGGGCCCCGCAGCCCCGGCUCCUGGGGUGCUCCCCAGGCGCGGCCCAGCCCCGCCACACCCCCCGCCCCCGGCCUCCGCAGCUCGGCAUGGGCGCGGGGGCGCUCGCCCUGGGCGCCUCCGAACCCUGCAACCUGUCGUCGGCCGCGCCGCUGCCCGACGGCGCGGCCACCGCGGCGCGGCUGCUGGUGCUCGCGUCGCCUCCCGCCUCGCUGCUGCCUCCAGCCAGCGAGGGCUCAGAGCCGCUGUCGCAGCAGUGGACCGCGGGUAUGGGCCUACUGCUGGCUCUCAUCGUACUGCUCAUCGUAGUGGGCAACGUGCUGGUGAUCGUAGCCAUCGCCAAGACCCCACGGCUGCAGACGCUCACCAACCUCUUCAUCAUGUCCCUGGCCAGCGCCGAUCUGGUCAUGGGACUGCUGGUGGUGCCUUUCGGGGCCACCAUCGUGGUGUGGGGCCGCUGGGAAUACGGCUCCUUCUUCUGCGAGCUCUGGACUUCGGUAGACGUGCUGUGUGUGACGGCCAGCAUUGAGACCCUGUGUGUCAUCGCCCUGGACCGCUACCUCGCCAUCACGUCGCCCUUUCGCUACCAGAGCUUGCUGACGCGCGCGCGAGCGCGGGCCCUCGUGUGCACAGUGUGGGCCAUCUCGGCGCUGGUGUCCUUCCUGCCCAUCCUCAUGCACUGGUGGCGGGCUGAGAGCGACGAAGCGCGCCGCUGCUACAACGACCCCAAGUGCUGCGAUUUCGUCACCAACCGGGCCUACGCCAUCGCCUCGUCCGUCGUCUCCUUCUACGUGCCCCUGUGCAUCAUGGCCUUCGUGUACCUGCGGGUGUUCCGCGAGGCCCAGAAACAGGUGAAGAAGAUCGACAGCUGCGAGCGCCGUUUCCUCGGCGGCCCGGCCCGGCCGCCCUCGCCCGCGCCUUCGCCGUCACCAGGGCCACCGCGCCCCGCAGACUCGCUGGCCAACGGGCGCUCGAGCAAAAGGCGGCCGUCGCGCCUCGUGGCUCUGCGCGAGCAGAAGGCGCUCAAGACACUGGGCAUCAUCAUGGGUGUAUUCACGCUCUGCUGGUUGCCCUUCUUCCUGGCCAACGUGGUGAAGGCUUUCCACCGCGACCUGGUGCCGGAUCGCCUCUUCGUCUUCUUCAACUGGCUAGGCUACGCCAACUCGGCCUUCAACCCCAUCAUUUACUGCCGCAGCCCCGACUUCCGCAAGGCUUUCCAGCGCCUGCUCUGCUGCGCGCGCCGGGCCGCCUGCAGACGCCGCGCAGCCCACGGGGACCGGCCGCGCGCCUCCGGCUGCCUGGCAAGAGCUGGGCCGCCGCCGUCCCCCGGAGCUCCCUCGGACGACGACGACGACGACGCCGGGGCCACCCCACCGGCGCGCCUGCUGGAGCCCUGGGCCGGCUGCAACGGCGGGACGACCACUGUGGACAGCGAUUCGAGCCUGGACGAGCCGGGGCGCCAGGGCUUCUCCUCGGAGUCCAAGGUGUAGAGGGCCAGGCUCUCUGGGCGCACGGACGCCGCUCCCCUUAGUCCCGGGCUGGACACGGGCUCUGCAUCCCUAGAGGAAGAAAGCCCGCCUGGGCGCCCCUGAGCCGCUCCCCCGGAGAGAGGAGAUCUCUGUUUACUCAAGACCGAAAGCAGGUGAAAGCAAAGCCCCACAGAUCUAUUGAAUCAUCCGAGACGUACAGAAAAACCCCCGGACCGAGCGUUGCGCUAAAAGGAAAGUUUGGGAGGAGUUGGAAGAGUGUGGCUUAGUGUAGCUUACUGGUUUGUCUUGAGUUCCUUUCUCUCUGAGGUUCGGCCUUUCGUGUGUUUAAUGCACCUUUAGGCAUUUUCCCCCCAGGUGGGUUUUGACACUUUCUGCAAGGACCCGAAAGGAAACUAGGAGGGGAAGAGAAGGGGAGGGUUGGAAUCUAUCACCUGGCCUUCCGGUUCCACACCUAGGAACCUAAGUAUUCAGCUCUGGUUUGGGGUGGGGGCGGGGGCGGUGAUAAUUAGCCAGGAAGUGUUUCCUUUUGCUUUUCUGAAGAAAUUGCAUAUUAAUUCCGGAGUACUGGUGUCUCCUUUUCUUAAAGCAAAGGGAAAAGAAGGAUGCAAAACAGACAAAUCUGGUUUCUAGAAACUGUGUGGAGCACCGUUCACCUUGCUUUCUCCUGGAGGGCAAACUCUGUCCCCUGCACGCGCGCCUCGGUGGUCCUGCUGUGUGGGUCCUCUACCUCACUCUGUGCACAUUGCACAGCAAGAUAGAAAGACUUGUUUAUAUUAAACAGCUUAUUUAUGUAUCAAUAUUAGUUGGAAGGACCAGGCGCUGAGUCUCUCUCUGUGACAUGUGACUCUGUCAACUAAAGAUAGGACAGAACAAAAGGAAACAGUUGAGAUUAUUGCACAUGUGGCUAAAAACAAAGACAACAACAACAACAACAAAAAGGCAGUGGUCAGAAGGCCAUUUUGCACAGUGUUAGGCAUUGUAAAAUCCAUAGAAGUUGUUAACUUACACAAAAAAAAAUUAAAUAUUUUUAGUGGGACGGGGAGGUGGGCAGAUCUUUAAAAAGCUAAAAUAAAAUUCAAACUCAGUUUCUCUUGUCUAUUAUGUUAUUGAGUUGAUGGCUUAUUGGGAAAUUACUUUUUAUACUCUUAUCAUGGUACUGUAAGUGUAUCCAUAUUAUAAAUAUUAUUAUCUUACAUAUUUUUAUUAUUAUUUUUUGAUGUCCAAGUGCCCACGUGAAUCUGCUGGUAAAAUUUAGCACUUGUGUGUAUAUUCUAUCUCUUCUUGUGUGUGUGACCAAGUAUUUAUACUCUGGUGCAAUUAACUACCAUGUGGAGAAUUGGUCCAUGUGCAAUAAAAACAGCAGUGCAGCUGAA